AUGAUCAAGAACGAGGUCAACAUCGCGCUCGAGUUCUAUGCUCGGGCGAGCAUUGUUAUAGGGGCCGCCUCUGCGCCGCACAGUAAUGCCGAGUUCUUAGCACCUCCGAGAUUUGCCACAUACCCAGAAGCCAAGGGCGCGUUGUGCAUCUUGCGCUUCGAGUCUGAACGAGUUGUGUUCAAAUGCCGGGAAACGAACCUCGCAGAUAGCGACGUUGAUGAGUUGCCAACGUCAGAUGAGAUCCACCCGAGCACUUCUACAUUUGAUGGCUCGAGGUUCGCCACCCGAAACACUGGAGUUGAUGAUCCUGAGCCGCAUAUCGCAGACUGGCGACAACAAGUCAUCAAUUAUUCUGCACGCCAGACUGGGAGAUUAGCUGACAAGUUGGCUGCCUUUGAAUGUAUAGUCCCCAUAGCCAUGGCGAAGGCCAUGGACUUGGAUCCGUCGCAGUGCAAAGCCGGAUUGUGGAUGCCCGACGUGCUGAGAGAACUGUUAUGGUGCCGCGAUUGCCACGGUCAGGGGAAGGCUACAACUAGCAGUCCUUCAGACAUGACACUGACACCGUCAUGGUCGUGGGCUAAGAUACGAUCACCAGUCACCUGGCUCGAUGCCAACGAGCUCAAAUGCAAUGAUUAA